CCCAGCCCGCCGCGCCCCACCAUCCCGCAGCCAUGUGGCCCCUGGCCGCAGCGAUCGCCUCCCUGACCGUGGCCCUGUCAGGAGGCAUCUCCCAGGAGUAUCCCAAGAUUCUCAAUGGCACCAAUGGGACCAGUGGGUUUCUCCCAGGUGGCUACACCUGCCUCCCCCACUCUCAGCCCUGGCAGGCAGCCCUGCUAGUGCGAGGGCGGCUACUCUGCGGGGGAGUCCUGGUCCACCCCAAAUGGGUCCUCACUGCAGCGCACUGUCUGAAGGAUGGGUACAGAGUUUACCUGGGCAAGCAUGCCCUGGGGCGUGCGGAGGCUGGCGAGCAGGUGAGGGAGGUGGUCCGCUCUGUCCCCCACCCUGAAUACCAGAUCAGCUCCACCCACCUGAACCAUGACCACGACAUCAUGCUUCUGGAGCUGCAGUCCCCAGUCCAGCCCACAGGCCACGUCCGCGUCCUGCCCCUUUCCCACGAAGACUCCCCCACCCCACAGCCUGCCUAGGUCAGAUGUCCUUAGACCUUCUCUCUUUCUUCCCCAGUGAGUUACCCCAAAACCCUACAGUGUGCCAACAUCGAGCUACGCUCGGACAAGGAGUGUCAUCAAGUCUACCCGGGGAAGAUCACUCCGAACAUGUUAUGUGCUGGCACAAAAGAGGGCGGCAAGGACUCCUGUGAGGGUGACUCCGGAGGCCCCCUGGUCUGUAACGGAAGCCUCCACGGCAUCAUCUCCUGGGGAGACUUCCCAUGUGGACAGCCCAACCGGCCUGGCGUCUACACCCGAGUCUCAAAAUAUGUUUCGUGGAUCCAAGAAACAAUCCAAAAACACAACACCCCGGAGCACAAAUGGACAAAGGGCCCACAAUGA